AUAGCAGGACACGUCAAACCCAUCAGCCACAUUACCCUAAAUUGCAAAGAUAAUGUUUUCGUCACUUUAUCUAAGGACAAUAAUGUUCGUGUGUGGUGCGAAAAUGUACUGCCUUUGCAAAGCUUCCAGGUUCAAGGCAUGGAAAAUGGCUCCAUCACCAGUAUGUGUUAUAACACAUACAACAAUGAGUUAGUCCUGGCUAACACCAAAAUAGGAUCCUAUCUUGGAAGAGGAACAGAUGUUUUUCAAAAUGCAAUAACAUCCCAUGACAAGCCCCUGUGCUGUGCUCUCUAUAACAUACUUUACAAACAGGUCGUCUCUGUUUGCCAAGAUGGUGUGGUGACCGUGUGGGAAGUCUCAACAGGACAGGUCGCCUCAAAGUUCAAGGUAACUCCAGAUAAGCAUGUGGGGCACACUACCAUUGCAUUUGAUGAAACGCAGCGCAAACUAAUCACAGUUUCUCAGGAUAGGAAAUUGAAAUUCUGGAACUUUAACAGCGGAUCAUUACUUUCCGUUCUUCCCGUUACCUUGCCAAAGAAGGUGACAGGUAUUGUCUGCUCGAAAAAUAGGGUGUAUGUGUCGGGAAGGAACAUCAUUUAUGACCUGGAUAUAGAGGGCUUCGACUACAGCUGUUUUAGCCACCAUUAUUUAAAGGACAUUUCCUCAAUGGGUGUUCAUGAAGGAACACUGAUUACUGCCUCCAGCAAUGGAAAUAUUGUUAUCUGGGAUACUGACCAAGGCAAGGCUCUCUGCUGGAUGAAUGACAGUAAGAGCCCUCGAACAUUCAGGGUAGACAGAAGACUGACAGGGAGUCGACCUGAUGAAAAUAAUCCCGAAAAAUCUCAGACUGAAAACAAGAAAGACAAUCUUGUUGUGUGUCUGAAGAAAAGGAAGGUCAAAAAUGACACAGCCACACUGCUGACUUCUUCAGAUGGCUACAUAUGUGCCUGGUCUGUGAGCAUCAAUGGAGGUUUGAUAGGAAAGUUCAGGGCAGUAGAUAAGGAAGGUGCCGUCAUUAACACCAUGUCGACUGACCUCGAAGAACAGAUAUUAAUGACUUGGGAUAGUACUGGCAAGUUUUGUCAGUGGGACAUUGCAAGUUUUGGGUUCAGAAAACAGGCAAAGGAAGAGCCAUUUGAGGAUAGAAAUGGGUGGCACGUGUCAUUGGCUCAACCUCCUCUAUUGGGCUCCUGGCAAUGUCACCUUACAGAGGUGGUGAGUGUUCAGUGUGACCAUAGUUGUACGAAGGUCAUUACUGCGGGCUUGGACCGCUACCUCCACCUUUGGCACAACACAGGCUCCCACAUAGGCGUCUUUGGGAAAGACAAAUGGAUUGAUUCAGAUCUCAGCUUUGAGAAGAAUGCUGACCAGGAGGAGGCAGCAGGAUCAGCCACAACAUUGACGAAAAACGAUGAAAAGCCAAUC